AAUUAAGACCGUCGUCGCCGCCUGGCCUCGGAUCAAGAUGCGUCUGCGCACACCAUCCGCCCGCACAAUAAAAACCAAACGUAGUACAUAUUAUAUUUUUCCCUCGAAAUCGACUUUUCCGAUAAUCAAAUAAAUGAAUUUGUGAUUUGUGAAAAGAAUUAACAAACUGUGUGUGGAUUUGAAUCUAAAAUAAAAUGUUAGUGAUGUGAAGUAGGAGUGAAGUUCAAAAGAUUAUCGUGAGAAAGAAAACAAGUUCGUCAAAAUGAAGUUCACUAUCGACGUGUUGGGAGUAUUCCUGAAAGUAGUCAUUAAGAUAAACAAAGCAAUAUUCGCGCCACUCCUGGUGUCAACCCUGUUCAUUCUCCUGACGUCACUACUAGCGCACUGUGCCAGAAGACUGGUCCAGAAAUCCAUCAAGGAGUCUCUAGCGAGGACGUUGUUGGAGGAAGCCAUCGCUGCCGCUGAGCUGUGUGGAUGUUGCUUCGAACUUAUCAUUGUUGCUGAGAACUUCGGCGUAGGGACGUACGCCAUAUUCCUCUUCGCGUUGUCAAUCUGGUGGUCUAUGAACUGGGGCGACGCCACUGCCUGCCCAUAUACGCAUCUUGAGGAGGUUAUUGAAGGAAAGGGCGACGUUCGUAAGGCACUUCUUAAGACAUGGGCAGAACUGACCGGUGGUCUCCUAAUCUUCAAAUACGUACAGAUGUACUGGGCGCUUGAGAUCUCCGACACACAUAAGGACAAGGCUUUUGAGGACUGCCGAGCUGAUUUACAGGUCCCGGUACUUUACGGUGCCGUGAUCGAAGGCAUCGCCACGUGCCUAUGCCGUUUGGCGUCCAAGGCUCUCGGCGACCUGAACCCUCGCUUCGCCACUGCCAUUGAUGCCUUCAUUGGUACUUCCCUCGUUGUUGCUGGGGUCCUCGCUAGGCAUACGGUAUUCGUGUAUCGUUAUGAGGACACUAACGCUAGCACGGACCUAAGCGUCUCCAUCUUUUGCAAAGUGCAUUUAGGAAAAGCUUUUGAAUACUCUGGUGGCUACUUCAAUCCAGUCCUUGCCACGUCCCUGAAAGCUGGCUGCGAAGGUCACACGUUGUUGGAACACGCUGUUGUCUACUGGAUUGGUGCCUGCGCAGGUUCCGCACUUUCCGUCUAUGCUUAUAAACUGCCAGCUAUCCAGAAACUUGUUAGAGGAACCAGUGAGGUUAACGGCGAUAGUAUUUGGGCAGACAAGGAGGACUAAGAAAGGAAUGACAGAACUGACUUCAAAAUUUUGAGGAUAUAUUAAAAACAGGCAAAUAAUAAAAAAAAAUGUAGUCUAUUCAACCCCAAAUGGCUUUAUUUGAUUCCGCAGAACAGCGAAAGUGUUGAAUCUAUCACUUUGGCAGAAAUGUAUAGUAAAGUUGAGGAUAUACUGAUUACUGUUUGGUGUGAAAACAUGAGUCCUAAAAAUUUUCACUAUAGAUAAAAACUUAAAAAUAAUAACGCAUAGAAUGAUAGUUUCAUAUCAAACGAACUGUCACAAGUGAGGCAAAAAUCAAAUUCAUGUAGGCUGGUUUUAGUAG